AUGGGAGAGCUUGCAUCAGUCUAUCCGACUGCUGGGGGCCAGUACCAUUGGACUUCUAUAUUGGCACCUCCAAAGGCCAGUCGUUUCUUGAGCUAUGCGUGCGGCAUCACCAAUGCUUAUGCCUGGAUUGCUACCACAGCCGGCAUCGCCAUCAUUGUCCCGCAGGUCAUCCUGGCUAUGGUCGUCCACUAUCAACCUGACUACGUGGCUCAAACCUGGCAUUACUUCCUCCUUUAUCAAGCUGUCAAUUUUCUGGUUUGCAUGCAUAACAUCUUCUCGUUGAAGAAGACUAUGUGGGUCAAUGAUGUUUCAUUUGUGAUCACCUUGACAGGUUUCGUCACCAUAAUCAUUACCUGCCUGGCUCGAGCGCCCCAUAAGCAGAGCAGCGAGUUCGUUUGGACCAACUUUGUGAACGAAAGCGGCUGGCCUGCUGGUAUCAGCUUUCUGACGGGACUAGUAUCACCAAACUACAUGUACGCAGGUAUUGACGGCGCAAUCCAUCUUGCCGAAGAGUGCAAACAGGCCGAGAAGGUUGUCCCGAGGGCCAUCGUCAGCACCUUAACAAUUGGAUUCAUCACAAGCUUUAUGUUCGCGGUGUCGAUGACAUACUGCAUUGCAGACUUCGACGCCGUACUUGGCACCCCUACUGGGUUUCCAAUCUAUGAGAUCUGGUUACAAGCGACCAGAUCUAGUACCGCAGCCACGAUCUUCAUGGCCAUUCUCCUCACAGCGGCCACAGUGGCACUCAUCGCCGUUCAGCAAACAGCUUCACGCCUGACGUGGUCUCUUGCACGAGAUGAGGCUUUGGUCUGGUCCAGACUUCUCGGUCAUGUUCAUCCAUCCCUGCAAGUUCCAGUUUGGGCGCUCCUGGCCAACAAUACCAUUGUAUUCAUCAUCGGCUUCAUCUUCCUCGGAUCUUCGACGGCUUUCAAUGCCUUUAUCGGGACGGGUCUGAUCCUGCAACAAGCUACGCCAUUCAAGCUGUUCAGCCCGGUUGGCUGGGUUGUCAACCUCUCUACCGUCGCCUUUGCUAUCGUGGUCUUGAUCUUCUACGAUUUCCCGGUUGUCAUCCCGGUAAGCGGUUCAAACAUGAAUUAUACAUCUGCUGUGAUUGGGGUUAUGGCACUGUUUGCGGCACUCAACUGGGUACUUUUUGCGCGAAGGUCAUACCAUGGCCCAAGAUUGGACUAA